AUUCGUCGUUUAUGUUGUUUGUUUACUUUUUCUCUGUUUCUUUCUUCAUUGACUCAUCACCUUCUGAGUCCCCACCAUUUUCAUAAGCACACACUCUCCGUGAUCAACGAACCUAACCAACUUCAUUUCAUUUCUCACAUUAAUUAAUUCAAACAAUUCUAUUCAUUUUCUUCAAUCCACUUCUAAUAACACACUACAUUACAAAUUCACAAUGCUUUGAGUUUAACCAACACUGUCAUAGAGAACAGAAUUUCAAUUCAAUGGGUCUCUGCACUUCAAAACCCUCUUCAAACCCCACUCACUCCUCUAACAAAUUUAACACCAAUGAAACAAACUCCGUCACAGUUAACGUCACUUCCCAACCUCAAACAAACUCCGUCAAUGGCGGAAACCCUAACGAAACCGAAAACGGUAAGAAAUCUCCGUUUUUCUCUUUCUACACUCCCAGUCCGGCUCAUCAGUUCUUCUCUAAGAUGUCUCCGGCGAGGAAAUUUUUCAACCGGCCGUUUCCUCCGCCGUCUCCGGCGAAGCAUAUAAAGUCGCUUCUGGCACGGCGGCAUGGCUCGGUGAAGCCUAAUGAAGCUUCGAUACCGGAAAGGGGUGAGGAGGAGACGGUGGUUGCGCUUGAUAAGAAUUUCGGAUUCUCGAAGCAUUUUGGAAGUAAGUAUGAUCUUGGAGAUGAGGUUGGGAGAGGGCAUUUUGGUUAUACUUGUGCUGCGAAGUUGAAGAAAGGAGAUCUUAAAGGUCAACAAGUUGCUGUUAAAGUCAUUCCUAAAGCCAAGAUGACAUCUGCUAUUGCUAUUGAGGAUGUGAGAAGGGAAGUGAAAAUACUGAAAGCUUUGAAUGGACAUAAGAAUCUAGUACGAUUCUAUGAUGCUUAUGAAGAUCAUGAUAAUGUCUAUAUAGUAAUGGAAUUGUGCGAAGGUGGAGAGCUGUUGGACAGAAUAUUAUCAAGAGGUGGCAAAUACACAGAGGAAGAUGCAAAAGCUAUCCUUAGACAAAUACUGAAUGCUGCUGCAUUUUGCCAUCUACAGGGUGUUGUGCAUCGUGAUCUUAAACCAGAGAACUUCUUGUUUGCAACCAAGGAUGAAAACUCAGAACUGAAGGCCAUAGAUUUUGGGCUGUCAGAUUUUGUUAAACUAGAUGAAAGGUUGAAUGAUAUUGUGGGUAGUGCAUACUAUGUGGCUCCUGAAGUUCUUCAUAGAGCUUAUAGUACUGAGGCUGAUGUCUGGAGUAUUGGAGUGAUUGCCUAUAUUUUAUUAUGUGGCAGCCGUCCAUUUUGGGCUCGGACUGAGUCUGGCAUCUUUCGUACUGUAUUGAAAGCUGAUCCAAGUUUUGACGAACAUCCCUGGCCUUCUCUAUCAGAUGAGGCAAGGGAUUUUGUUAAGAGCUUACUAAAUAAAGAUCCACGGAAAAGAAUGAGUGCAGCACAGGCAUUAAGUCAUCCAUGGAUAAAAAACUAUGAGGAUACGGAAGUACCUUUGGAUAUUUUAAUAUUCAAGCUCAUGAAGGCAUACAUGCGCUCUUCUUCCCUACGAAAAGCUGCUUUAAGGGCUUUGUCUAAGACAUUAACUGUGGAUGAGCUGAUUUAUUUGAAGGAGCAGUUUGCACUUUUAGAGCCUAACAAAAAUAGCACCAUUAGCUUGGAAAAUAUAAAAACGGCCUUUAUGGUCAAUGCAACAGAUGCUAUGAAGGAGUCACGCAUUGCCGACUUUCUUGCAUCACUUAAUGCAUUGCAAUAUAAAAGGAUGGAUUUUGAUGAGUUCUGCGCAGCUGCACUUAGUGUUCAUCAACAUGAAGCACUUGACCAUUGGGAGAAGCGUGCACGUUGUGCCUUUGAUUUAUUUGAAAAGGAUGGAAACAAGGCCAUAGUCAUUGACGAAUUAGCUUCGGAACUGGGGCUUGGCCCAUCUAUCCCGGUACAUGCUGUUCUUCAUGAUUGGAUUCGUCACACUGAUGGGAAAUUAAGCUUCCUUGGAUUUGUGAAGUUGUUGCAUGGCCCAUCAAGAAGUCUUGCAAAAGCUCAAUAGAGACUUUGGAAGCUCAAUACAAUAUAAGGCACAAAUUUUUCUCUUUACCAUUUGAGUGAGUCGAUUAAACCUUGCAAUAGGAGUUUGUAUUUUCCACUGUAAAGUUGUAGUGUGAAAGUCAGAGGUGAGAAUAUGUUUGAUUGUUAUUAGAAAAGGGUACACUUAUAUUGUAACAUAUUCUGUGAUUCAGAUUGAGAAA